AGUUACAGCACCUUUGCCCCGGGGCGGUCUUGGGCUGCUGGGCGCUUGUUGGCUGGUGUUAAAUGCCGACUGUUUCCGAGCGAGCGGGAUAACAGCCAUGGCUCUCCACGGCGCUGCGGAGGAAGACUGUGUCAGCGGGGCUCAGCUCAUCGCCGAGGCCCUUAAGACACAAAACAUUGAAUAUAUGUUUGGUAUUGUUGGUAUUCCAGUGACUGAAAUUGCAAUUGCAGCCCAAGCAAUUGGAAUAAAAUAUAUAGGAAUGAGAAAUGAACAAGCUGCUUGCUAUGCUGCCUCUGCUGUUGGGUACCUGACAGGAAAGCCUUUGAUUGUUGUUGGCGGUUCCUCUGACAGGAAUCAGGAAAUCAUGGGAGCUUUCCAAGAAUUCCCACAGGUACACAGAUAUAUAACUUUCUGCAUAAAGGCUUCAGUGAUUAAAGUAGUGCUUUUCUCGCAAUAAAUCUAGGCAGUGAGGUGCAGUAUCUAUGGUCGCCCAGGUGCCUGUUAUGUUGACAUGCCAGGAGACUUUGUAAAUCUGCAGGUGAACAAGAGCUCUGUCAAAUAUGUUAAGUGCUGUUUGCCCCCGCCUCUCUGCACAGCUGAGCACUCUGCUGUAUCUGAAGCAGCAUCUAUCCUUACACAUUCCAGACAGCCUCUCCUAAUCAUUGGCAAAGGAGCUGCUUAUUCACGUGCUGAAAACAGCAUCAAAAAGUUGGUAGACACAUGUGGGCUACCAUUUCUGCCUACCCCAAUGGGGAAAGGAGUUGUUCCUGACAACCAUCCAAACUGUGUAGCUGCAGCCAGAUCCAGGGCAUUGCAACAUGCUGAUGUAAUAAUAUUGUUUGGUGCCAGGUUGAACUGGAUUUUGCACUUUGGACUUCCACCAAGAUUUCGACCAGAUGUAAUGAUUAUCCAGGUUGAUAUUUGUGCAGAAGAGCUGGGGAAUAACGUGAGACCUGCAGCAAAUUUAUUAGGUGACAUAAAUGCCGUAACUGAACAGCUUUUAGAACAACUUGUUCUAAUGGAAUGGAAACAUCCUUCUUACUCAGAGUGGUGGAAGGGAUUAAGAGAGAAAAUGAAGAGCAAUGAAGAAAGAUCCAAGGCAUUGGCAUUACAAAAGUCCCUGCCUAUGAAUUAUUAUACAGUAUUCCAUCAUGUCAGAGAACUGUUACCCAGGGACUGCAUUGUGGUUAGCGAGGGAGCUAAUACUAUGGACAUUGGACGCACUAUGCUUCCAAACUAUCUUCCUCGCCACAGACUCGAUGCUGGUACAUUUGGAACAAUGGGACUUGGGCUAGGUUUUGCUAUAGCAGCUGCAAUGGUGGCUAAAGAUCAGACACCCGAGCAGCGAGUGAUCUGUGUAGAAGGAGACAGUGCUUUUGGAUUUUCUGGCAUGGAAGUGGAAACUAUUUGCAGGUAUAACUUGCCAGUUGUAAUUAUCAUAGUAAACAACAAUGGGAUAUACAGUGGUUUGGAUGCAGAUUCCUGGAAGGAGAUGUUAAAAUCUGGAGAACCAACUGUGUGUGCACCCCCAGUUUGUCUCCUGCCAAAUUCUCACUAUGAGCAGAUUAUGUCAGCAUUUGGGGGUAAAGGAUACUUUGUAAAAACACCAGAGGAACUGCAAAAUGCCCUGAAAGCAAGCCUGGCAGAGAAGCAAGUGCCUUCCCUUAUCAAUGUAAUGAUCGACCCACAAGCUGACAGAAAGCAGCAGGAUUUUCACUGGCUGACUCGUUCUAAUAUGUAACAAAAGAUGCAGUGUGUGAUGAUCCUAGCCAAUACAUCUGCUUCAGCCAAACCAAUCAUUUUCCAGGAGUGAAACGGCUAAAGCUAUAUUUUAUCAUUAUUUACAUAAGAUUGUAAAAUCCUAGUUUUUGUUUCACUUUUUUUAAAAAAAAAUCAUCUAUACACUACUGUAAUAGCGGUAAUCAACACAAGAGACCCCUAAAUGUACAUCAGAGUAUCCACCCAAAGGAAAUCUUCCUUUUAUGGCUAUGAACCAGAUCAUAUAGAAACACUUGAAUGAUACAAUCAUUCUUUUUCUUUUUUACUACAAAUGUAACAGAUCAGACUUGUCAAUUAAAUCCUUAGUCCUUGGGGACGGGGGGCUGGGAGGGGAAAGGGAAUUUAAGUUGUUUACAAAUGGAAAAAGAUCUUUGCAAUCAUAGUCUGUCCUUUGUUUGGGUUUUGGUUUUUUCCCCUCUUGAUCAACAUGCUGCUUACUAGAGAGCUUUUUUUAUAGACCCCAAGUCUCUUACUCAGGAUUGAAUCCUCAGUGAGAGGUGCUGAAUAUCUUCACUUCCUAUUCCCACAGUCCAUUGGGGUUGGCAGAUCUCAGCACCUUUUAGAGUUGGUGCUCAGCCUCUACUCCAGCAAAAUAUCCACUAAUUUCAAUGGGAGUCUUGUCAGAAAAGGACUAAGCCCUUAAUUUCUUGCACUGUAUUUUUCUGUACAGAGAUGCAGCCUGUGACUUGACAGCUUUGUAUCCUGGAAUCACUUUAGAAACUUCUAAAGUGUAUUUAAAAAAUGCCAGAUUUCACUGCAAUACUGAAUUUGUUUGUUUAGAUUAAUUUCUGCAACCUGCUAACUCGAACCCACUUUACUUGCAGAAAAAGAAAAUCUUAAAUUACGGCCUUGUCCACCUGUUCCCACACACACCUAUCACGAUGAAAUCAGUAGCUCAUAAGAAUUCAGAAAUAAACAUUCCAUGAUCAAGAGAUUGCAAACUGUUAACGUUAGGGCCAGUUGAAGGGACCCCUGUGCUUGGGGCUGGCUAUGGGGAUCACCUAAGUUAAAACUGGGCCAGUGCCAGCUAGCUGAGAGGAUGUGCAGGCUAUGGCUGGGUUUAGAGUUGGGCCUAGCUGAGGGGGGGCCUCUGGGCUAGAGAUGGGGCCGGUGCCAGGUGGCUGAGGGUUGUCCCCUGAUUAGGGUUGGGCUUAUGUUUGUGGCUAGCUGAGAGUGCCCAGAACUAAUGUCAGGGUAGGAGCUGGCUGACUGGGGCCUGAAA